AAUGUAGAGAAAGUAAAACAUCAUUACUUCCACUUCUUUUCAUAGAAAGAUAAAAGAGUGCCAGAGAAAAAGAGUGAAUUGCAGAUUAAUUAAAAAAAAUCUGAAGUUUAGAGAUAAUGGGUGGUAUCAUGCUAAUCAAGAAAAUUGGUUUCUUCUUCCUUCUCAUAUCUGCAUCUCUUUUGUCACCUUCAUUUGCAGGUCGACGAUCGAGGUCUUUGAGCAACUUUGAGCAGGAAAAGCUAGGUGCAAUUCAUGAGGAGCAGCAAUUACGCCAUGAUGAUGAGGUGAGUAAAAUCCAUGAAAGGCUGCUUAAGGUGAACACAAAGGAUUAUGGGAGAUAUGAUCCAACUCCUGCUUUAUCCAAACCUCCUUUCAAGCUCAUUCCCAACUGAUGAUCACGUGAUUUCAAAAUUGUUAGGGUUUGUGGAAACCCUAAUAUGAGUUAUGAAUAUGAACUUGAAACCCUAGUACUAAUACAUAUAUGUGUUACUAUAUAUGUUUGCAGCUAUAUAUAUAGUACUGUAAGAUACUAAUCCUUGUAACUAUGUAAGUUUAUAUUUUUGUUUGAUCAGUUCUGGAUGUAGUUUCUCCAUAUGUAAUAUAUGUGUAAUUAUAAGGAAAAAAUAAAAGUACUUAUGUAUCUUCUUGUCU